AUGCGUUUCUCCAUCGUCUUCACUACCCUCUCGGCCAUCGCCCUGGCCAGUGCCCAGAGCAGUGUCAGUAUCGAGACUGUUGACAACCCUGCCACUCAGUACCUGACCCAGACCAACUCCCUCGGCGUCGUGACCGGCCAACCCACCGUUGUCACUUCCCAGCCUACCGUUGUCACUAGCCAGGCCGCUGCCGUGACCUCGCAGCAGCCCGCCGCCUCCAUCCCUGCUGGCCUGACCUCACCCGUCGCCGGCCCCGGCGCUUCUCACAGCACUUUGUCCACUGCCUCUAGCAAGUCUGGCAGCGACUCUGCUACCGGAACCAAUACCGCCGACUCCAAGGCUACUGGUACCUCCACUAGCUCCUCCUCUGACUCAUCCGAAUCUUCCAAGUCCUCCAGCUCUAGCGCCAGCUCAUCUGCUGCUGCUUCCAGCUCUGCCUCUACGGGUGGUGCUGCCAUGGCCACUGCUGGUCCCGUCGGUCUCGGAAUGAUGGCGGGUGCUGCUCUCGUUGCUUUCCUGUAA